AUGCAUGUUGCUGGAAUGAUUGGUCUGAUCAACAAAACAAAAGGACUGAGAUUCUGCAAUGAUUCAGGAUUUCUUGAACUCUAUAAUGACCCACAGGUAAAAUUAACUGCAAUCAACUCUCAGAGUUUCCAUUCAAAAUAUCCAUGACUACUGAUGACUAUUGCUGAUUAUCUGUUUGGCUACAUAAGAAAAUUUUUUAACCAAGGAAGGCAAACCUCGAGAUUUCUAUUGACAGGCAGUUGACAAGGCUGAUUAAAGUGCUGAGUGAACUACCAAAGCAAGUAGAAAAAGUGGAGACUGUUGGAGCCUUCUUAUUGCUUUAAUUUUUUAAAGUCUUCUCAUGCCUGUCUAAUAUUCUACUACAAAGCUGAAUUGAUGUGCUAUUUAAUAGCAAAGUUUUCAAGAAAGUAAAUAAAUCCAUUGUUUUUUGUUCAUAUGGAGGCCCUGCCGGGGGAGAGGGGGGGGGUCAAUUAUGUCGCCCAUCUGAAUUUUAAAACGUCUCGUGUCCAGCCUCCUCCUCAGGCGCUUUGUUUUUUCGCAUGGCAGAGGCGAGCGCGAAACGAGUGACUGGUGAUGAACCGCACAUUUUCAUCAAAAGAGAGACGUCUGGGUGCGAGGCGAGUCUCGUGGCGGUGUUUAUAAAUGCUUGUUGCUUAUUGUCGGCUUUGCCGUCACUGUCACAAUUUGGCCAAGGGAGGUUGUCUCUUGUCACGAUUUCAUUUUAUGCACUGUCGCUACUUUUUGGGCCACGUCGCUUGUCGGAAUUUACCCUGGCAGGGCCUCACUAAGUGUUAUUGGGUGAUCUGGUUUCCCCUCAGGACUUGGCAAAAGUCCUCAAGUUGAAGUGUCCUCUAUUAAAUUAUUACAAAACACCAAUUAAUCAAUUAAUUAUGUAGCAGAUUUAACACUAAAAGCCUCUUUUCAUAAGGCUUGAUUAGUCUAAAAGAUAUAAUUUAUCAUUAUGAGAAGGUUUUUCCGUAGUUUGAGUCCUUUAGUUAAUACAUGUUAGCAGUGUUUGUUUUACUUAUGUAUAUGAUAUCCAAUUAGUAUCAUUAUUAUUACUAUAAUAAUAAUAAUAACUAUUAUUAUUAUUAUUAUGAUUAUUAUUACCAUUACUUUUAUUAAUGAGUCUUAUGGUGUACUUGCUUCAACAAGGGAGUAACUCUUACCACAAUGAAAAAUAUCCUUGAAGAAAUGAUGACAUUGUUUCCAGACCAGUUCUUUCACCUGGGUUUAGAUGAAGUCACAACAUCCAAUUUGUGCAGCAUACAAAGUAGGUCAAUUUUAAUAAAUUACUAAAAGUUGAUUGUGGCAUAAUAAAAACUUUGAAACAUAAUCACUCUUUAACGUUACAUGCAUGUUAUUAUGUUAAUUUCUACUUAAUUUUUUAUUUCAGGUAAUUUUUCUUUUUCUUUUCUUUUUCGGAUGUGGGAAUGUAUGCUAAUAAAGUUGAAACAAAAGAAAAGUAAAAAUUACUUGAGAUAGAAAAAAUAGCUAUGUAACAUAUAUAUUCUUAAAAUAAUUAAAUAAUAGGUUGACGUUUGUUACUAAUGAAUAUAUAAUUAUUGUAACUUCUCAUUUUGAAAUAAUUGAAGAUAGUGUGGUUUUUGAUUAAUAGCUAAGGACAGUUUUGGGAGGAGGCAUUUAUUUGAAAGUUGGUCAAAUGCGACAAAAGGAUUUUUUAACUAUGACAUUUUUGUUUUUCGUAUUAAACUACAGAAUUAGUAUCUUUUGAUGUCAAUAAUUUAAAUCAGUCUUAUGGUGUAUCAUAUAGAGUGACUGACUACGGCCCUCAUUUGGGGACAGCAUUUAUUAAUAAAUAUACCUCUUUGUCCAAAAUGCAGCAGUUAAUUCGAGUGAAUGCUGGAUGCAAGCUUUCAUCACGUAGUAGUGAUUUCCUUUAAGUUUGACAUAGUAUGUUGUCAAGCAUUACUUCAGGUAAAAGCAAAUCUUUGUAAAUGCAAUAACGUGGGUGGUUAUUUUCUACACAGAUACCAAAAGCCUAGAGCAAGAACUAAUGAAGUUUCUAGUACAGAAAGGAAAAAUUCCAUAUGCCUGGCAAGAGGCUUUGAUAUCAACUUCCGCUGUAAGCAUUAUGUAUUAUAUAACAUGCAUCUUUUUUGCCUGGAUGAAGAGCAGCGUUUUGUAAAAAUGUCCAUGCAGAUUAUUGGUUGUUAUUAAAUCUUAUUUAUUUAUUUUUGACUUAAUGUUAAUUUAUUUAUUAUGAUUUCAUCAUAGGCAAUAAAAGGAACAGGGCUCCAGACAUGGAAAGGCUCAGUAGUAAAAACCCUUAUAGAUGGCGGAUUUCAAGUGUAAGCAAGAAAGAAAGCUGACUGUAUAAUAAAUGAUAUCAAGUUUGACAAAUUAACAAUAUUUUUGAUUGAGUUAAGACUUGUAAAGUUGAACUUCUGAAGUAAAAAGUUGUUUUGCCCCAACAAAACAUUAAUUAGAAAGCAAAAAGUUCAAACAUAUUUGGCAUUUUACCGAUCCUUAUUUGAUCUGUUUGCGUAGGAGAGGUUUGUCUAUAUUAUUAUUCAUCUCCAUCUUGUUUUUCAAUUUGACAGGAUCAACUCUCUGAGCGGCAACUUUUACCUAAGUAGCCUUGUGGAUUUUAGUGCACUAUGGACUAAUAUUACAGCCGGGGUAACUACCAUUUAUAAUAAUAUUAUUAAAGUCUUUACUUUAGUUUGAUCUUGUCCCCAGGGGCUUAUUGGUUUUGAAAACGAGAAGACCCUGGGUACCAGUUUGCAAAUUUUCAGACAAAUGGUCUCUAUGAGAGUAAAAACACUUGGCAAUGGGCAAUUCCAGAAAAUAUCCAUACCCAACCACGGACGGCUUCCAUGUUUUAUCCCCCCCGUGACUUCGGAAAUUCCAAAAUGCGUUACCCCCCCAUGCCCUCAGAAUUCCAUAAUCGUGAACCCCCCCUCCCCUUCAGAAUUUCCGUUUUUUGGAAGUACAUUUUCAACGCAUUUGCAACGCCUAUAUGAACAAACGAACAUGAAUUUAUGCCUCCUCAAGGCUGUGAUCUAGCGGCGCCAGGCGACAAGCUUUCAGACUCUAACCUACCGCUAGUAGACAGGCUGUGCAAACUCCUUUUUAGGUCCGAAUUUGGCAAUAAAAAUAAACACCACUAACGGCAAUUUUACUCCUCUUUGUUUUCUUGUGCUGUUUUGACGUUUACAAAGCAAAAUAGCUCAAAUUCAGACUGUUAAAAUCUUUCGGUGGUCAAAUAUACCGUCGAGGCGUGUUGCGUCCUUUUAUAGGUCAUGUAGUGUGCACGAAAAGUGUUCUAAUCUGACAGGCGUUCCUUGGAAGCCAGGGACUGGUGAGAGUUUUUCACUGUUCAUCGGAUGGGAGUAACAAGAAACUUGCAAGCAGUAACAUACAUAUUCCAUAUUUUUUUUUCAUGUGACAAGAAAUUCAUCAAGGUUAAUGUGAAACCCACAUUUUACUGUUCACUUCUAUAAGUUAUGAGUGUAAACACGUGUCUGAUCUAUCGAUGCUUGUCUUCUGCUUCCGCGGUCAUACGUUCGUGGUUUAUUUACGAACUACAAAAGUCCACAACAAUAGCGUUUUCAAGGAACUCACUCUACACUUUCUACUCCAGAAAUCCCACCUGUGGAGUUACCCCAUGCCUUCGGAUUUCCAAUCGUAAAUACCCCCCAUGCCCUCAGAAUUCCAUAAUCGUGAACCCCCCCUCCCCUUCGGAAAUCCUAAAAGCCGUCCGUGGUAUGGUAUGGAUAUUUUCUGGAAUCGCCCAAUACAAAUUUAGCAGCUUCAAGGUGUAUUAAAAGAGAAAAGGAUCACUUCCGAUUGACAUUGCAUCUCUCAAAAACGCCUUUGCUUAAACCCCCUAUUAAUGAAAUAGGAGGACGAACAUGAGUGAAUCUUCAAAAUAAUCCAUUAAUGACCCUUGAAAUCUUUUGAUAGUAUAAGCGGUGCAAGAGCUUUGAAUGGAAAUAACUGACAAGUGACUUUUGCAGGAAUCGUAUUAAAGUUGGCCCAACUUUUUCAAGUUUCAAUCCAUUUCUAUCCUUGUCAUCCAUAGUAACAGGCGAAAGGAAAAAUAGUCAGUGAACAGUAAAUUACAAAACUUUGGAAUUCAAUUAGUACAUAAGACACGUUUUAGCUUAAAGGAUAGCAAAUAGCGCAAAAUAACCCUUAACAUAUCUAGCCUUUUGCUGUGUCUGUUUGCAUUAUUUUGAAGUUAAAUCCAGAUGAGAUGACAUUUGUUCUGGGUGGUGAGAUGGCCAUGUGGACUGAUGAUUACUGCUUUGUAGAUCAGUGCUUUCUGUACAAGCGAGGAAAACCUGACGCAUGGUGGAUGUUUGGACCCGAGAGCGAUUCACAAUUUACUGAGUCAGUGAGUGGAAUUGUAAGUAUCUCUGGUUGUAAAUACAGUAAAUUUCCUCUUAUGAGCCCCCCCCCCCCUAACUGAAAAGUGCCCCCACUGAGUUACCAGCCCAUUUCCCUGUAAACAAAACUAUACAUCCGGUUAUAAGCCCCCCUCCCCCCCACUUAUAAGUUCCCCCAGUUACAGGUCCAUUAAUUUACCUAUAAAACAACAACAAAACGAUACAUCUGGCCAUAAGUCCCCCUCCCCGGAUAUAAGCCCCCUCUCCCCCACUUAUAAGUUCCCCCAGUUACAGGCCCAUUUACCUGUAAACAACAAGAGACAUCCAGAUAUAAGAGAUAUAAGCCCCCCCCACACACACCUCCCGAAUCUUGCCCCCUUUUUGCUUUAAAAUCCCGAGUCCCGGCCUUCGAAUAAGAGAAAUCCCACAUCUGAAAACUGGCUCUCUUUAAUUAGCAAGUUCAAUUAACUGUAUUCCAGAAUGAUAAUACAUGGAACUAACUCGUCAAAUCUCUUGCUUUAGUUUUCAUUGGAUGGUAAAAUCAAGAAAUCUGGCGGAGACUUGAUUCCGUACACAUUGCAAACAGCGAUGUGCACCAUUUUCUGUUAAUUUGAACAACAAUGGGUGACAAAAUUAGUUGAGAUGGUUUGCUCCAAAGGGCCUUUCUAUGGCAUUUUACUACCUGGAACUUAUAUAUAUGUGGGGGGGCACUCCGCUAUAUGCUAAUGAGAUAAUGGAAUUUCAGAUUUGGCCCAGUGCCAUUGUUGGAGCUGGUUCAUUUUGGAAUUAUCAGUCAAAACUAACUCCUGAUAGCAAAGAGUUCGCGAUGGUGAUAGAUACUCAACACAAGGUGAGUCGUUAUGUUAGAUUUAUCAAGCAACUUAUAAUUGUCCUGACCUGACUGGUCAAACGUAUCAUCUACUACUGGUAAGGUCACAGAGCCAAGUUAAAAGAAAUUGAGCGAACUUUCUGCACACCCCUCAACCGCCAGAGGGUGCCCGUGUGUAACCACGUCCCUUUUACGACUCGUGACGUCAUCAUUUUAACAGUCAUUGUCCAACCUCGUUUCCAGUGUUCUCUCUCUUGCUCCAAAUAAUGUAACUAGAAAAUAUUCCAAUGAAACUCUUGUUUCACAAGCCCACUGAAAUGCCUUGAAAUGCACUUCUUGAACUUCGGGGAUUUUGCGAAAACCUCUUCCUGCUAAAAAUAAAGCACUGUUAAUACCCAGGGACGGAAAAAAAGUGAGCUCGGUUUUAAAAAAAUAAAAUAAUGGUUUCUUAUUGUCUCCCAGAUCAAUUAUUUGCUACGUCCGCCCUUGGCAUAGACCAGUAAUUGAUUUGUUCGUAAAUGAUCUUAACUGACGAAACACAUAACUUUUCUCUCCCUCCUCCAAUAAUUGUUAAUUAUUUGUUCUUGUAGAGAAUGGUGCAGCGUGGCAUCCUUACUUGUCCUUCCGGGUGUAAAUGUGAUGUCCUCACUAGAUGUGGUCAAAAGUAUCUGCAGCCCUAUUGACUAAUUCUUAGAAUAAGUUAGCUUAGGAAGAGUGAUUUUAUGUGACAUAUCUUAUUUAUCUUAUCAAGAACUCCACGCACCGAAAGGUUUAGAGCAUAAAAUUUGGCUUAAGUUCACAAGUUUUGCGUCAAAAUACCUGUUAGAAUAGUUCUGAUACAGUGUUCUUUCGUGUGUUCAGGUUUUCUAAAGCGUCUUUAAAUGCCCCGCCCUGACAUCAUCAUUCAUAAUAUUUUGAAUUUUCUACGCCAUCUUGGCACCACUGAGAAGUACAGAACGUUGCCAUUGCAAAUUAUGUAAUUUGACAAGUGAAAUUUUAAGUUAAUGCUGAAAUUUGCCGCUAAAAGUAAGGAGUAACCUGUCACCCAUGAUAUUAUUGAGUUUACGCACAGGACGGCAGGAAUAAGAGGACGUCAAAACUCUUUUGUGUGACAAACGUGACAGG